AUGGUAGUGGUGGUUGAUGGUGGAUGUGGCCAUGAUGAUGGUGGUUGUGGUGCUGAUGGUGGUGUUGCUGAUGCCGAUUAUGUUGGUGGAGGUGAUGGUGGUAAUGUUGAUGAUGAUGGUGGUGGUAAAGGUGAUUAUGAUGGUAAUGAUGAUUAUGAUGGUAGUGGUGCUGGUGGUGGUCCUUGUGCUGGUGAAGGUGGUGCUGGUGGAUGUGCAGAUGGUUGUGUUGGUGGUCAUGGUGCUGGUGAUGGUCACGAUAAUGGUGGUAGUGGCGAUGGUGGACGGUCUGAUGGUGGUGGUGCUGGUGAUGAAGAUGGCGGUGACGGGGCUACAUUGGCAGUAUUUUUCGCACCGGAUGCUGUGGACAACAUUAUCAACAAAGAUAUGUAG